AUGAAUAUCUGCCAAGUGAACUUCAACAAGAGCACAAGUUCGCUAGGAGCAGAGGCUGAGGGCCUGAAAACAUCGCUGAAACAUGUGAGGAGCAGUCAUUACCUGACACCUCAGUUCCUCGUGCUGUCACUGUUGUCAGAUCUCAAGUGUGACAACGCCUCAAUCGAUACUCCUGCUACAAAACUCUUUGAGAAAAUCAGCGUUUCUUUCUGCGUUCCUGAGCAAUCGCCGCUCUCGUUGGGGAUUUCAUAA